CUAUCUGCCCUCGUUCUCCUGCCGCCACACCUUGCCCCCCAGCUGAUCCCCCAGCACUUCCAUCACCACAGUGCGCGUCUGAUUGUGGGGGGCCGACUCGGUCGUGCUGACAAUAACACACCGGUCAUCCCCUCGACCCAUAUCUCUCACCAGCCGAAUGACUGCCAUGUGCCCCUCGCUCAUCGCCUCACUGCCCAGCAUCACCAGCCGGCGAUGCCAUCUGUCGUCCCGCUUUUCGUCGAAUACGGCCGCCUCCGCCCCCCACUGCGCCGCAUCGGUGGGAGAGGCCGCCAGCAGCUCACCCACACGGAGGUACGCGGCAGAAGCACAACGGAAAAAGCAGCAGUAGUUGACACGACGGAAAUAGCAGCAGUAUUUGACGCGAAUCAUGGGGUGGCCGUUAGGAAGCCAGCAAAACACUAUGAAACCCACCAUGCACGAGUAGUUGGGGUACGUGUAGUCGGCCAGCUCUGUCGGCGGGUCGGCGGGGUCGAAUGGGGCAUGAAGAAAGAGGGGGCUGGCAGAGGCAAGGAGAGAGGGGAGGCAACGGCCGGGGUAGAGGCAAAGGAUGCCGUUGCCGUCCAUCAGGGGUCUCUGUUGGUAACCAACAGUGACCCCGCAGCUGAGUAUCUUCCACUGGCGGACCGCCUCCGUCUCACUCAUGAAGGCCGCCCGGCUGCCGAAGACGCCGAAGUUGUCAUCCGCCAGCACCAGUGGCCUCUUGCCUCUCAGCAGAUACAGCAUCUCCAGCACUGGUUUCCAUCUGGCCCAAUCGCCGCCCCUCUCGAGCAUGAACAACCGGCGGCUGAGCUGUUCGAUGAGGGCCCUGGUCAGGGCCACCGUGACGGCCGCCCCCUGAGUGAGCUGAGGGAUGGGCACCUCCACCAGCGCGCCAAAGAUGGCGGCCACGACGACGGACAGCCGCCGCUGGAGGAUGGGCAGCAGGACGGCGGGAGUGAAUUGGGUGGUGUGAGCGUCGAUAAGGGCCUCCAGCUGUGAGUAGCUCAU